AGCAUGCGUGGCGUGGUGAGUUGUUGAAUGAAGUGAACUUCUUUCGUCGGCCCUCCAUACAGUUAAGUCUAAGUUCUUUCUGGACCUCACUUCCUUCCCUGUGAUGUUUGUGCUGCGUCCCCCUGAUCCCUCUUCUUUGAGGAGUUUUAAGGCCUGUAGAAAAUGUAAAGAUUCGAAAAUUGGAAUGUGACAGGAUUCCCGUGCGGUCUUCUGGUUUAGAACUUGCUACUGGUGUUGAAGAUCCCUGGAUCAUUGUUUAAUGGAGAGAACUUGUAUGCUUUCCUUGCCUUUAAAUCACUCCUAAAGCACAAUCGUGAUUUGUUUGUAAGGGAGAAACACAAAGUCUCCUUUUCAAGAACUGUGCAUCAACUAUCUUCAGCCUCCAAUCUCGUAAUUUUCCAUAGCAGAGCGGAGCUGCUUUAUUUUUAAGCCUCAUUCAACUCACUGCAGAAUGACCUUCUAUUUGCCUGGUUUUCGGAGCUUUCCGAAACUUUGGACGAGCACCCUUUCCUUAGAGCUGGGCCCUGCGACCUCGCCUGUCUUUUCCUUUCUCAGGGUUACCAGGAACCAGCACCGAUGGUUUUCUGUCAAAACCACGCCCCCUCCAAAUAGCAAAGAAAUAAAUCUGCAGCUUGCCAAAGCUAGAACACUCAAGAAAGGACAUGACAGCAAUAGGCAAGGUUCUUUUGAUCAUUAUUUUGCUGCCGGGGCAGCUAAGAAGAGGUCACACUUAACUAGCAACCUCCAGCCGAGAGAGCAUGCCCCGUCACGUGUGAGGAGGACGAUCAAACUUCCAACUAAACCCCUGAAUUCCGAAGAGUGGGAUAAACUUAAAGAGGAUUUCAACCGGAAGGGCAGUUUUGAAGACUGGGUCAUUUCGCAGAUGGUGUGCAGCAGUAGCUCUGUAGAUGUGGCUAAGUCCCUCCUGGCCUGGGUCGCAGCAAAGAACAAUGGCAUCGUAGGGUACAAUUUACUAGUCAAGUAUUUGUGUCUCUGCGUCUUUCACAAGCAGACAUCAGAAGUUAUUGACGUCUAUGAAAUCAUGAAAGCCAAGUACAAGUGUUUAGAAACUGCGGCUAACACCAUACUCAUCCGGGGAUUGAUCCACUCAGACAGGUGGAGAGAGGCCUUGCUGCUGUUAGAAGACAUUAAAAAAGUCACGGUCCCUUCGAAAAGGAACUAUAAUGACUGUAUUCAGGGAGCCCUCCUUCAUCAGGAUGUGGACAUGGCCUGGAGUUUGUAUCAGGAACUGGUAGGUCAUAAUCUCAUUCCUCUGCUGGAAACUUUAAAAGCCUUCUUUGAUUUUGGCAAAGACAUAAAUGAUGAUGACUAUUCGGACAAACUACUGGACAUUCUUCUGUAUCUAAGGAAUAAUCAGCUGUAUCCUGGAGAGUCAUUUGCACACAGUAUAAAAACAUGGUUUGAAAGCAUUCCUGGAAGACAAUGGAAAGGACAGUUCACUACAGUCCAGAGAAGUGGCCAUUGUUCAAGCUGUGGUAGAGCCUUAGAGUCUAUUCAUCUGAGUCCAGAAGAAUAUGAAUUUCUCAAGGGAAAAAUCAUGAGGGAUGUGAUAGAUGGUGGUGACCAGUAUAAGAAGACAACACCUCGGGAACUGAAGAGAUUUGAGAACUUUAUAAACUCCUGUCCUCCUUUUGAUAUUGUUAUCGAUGGCCUCAACGUUGCAAAAAUGUUUUCUAAGAGUCGUGAUUCUCAAAUUCUCCUGUACAUAGUUUCUCAACUAGCCCAGCAGAAUCUGCAGUUGCUGGUCCUGGGCCGGAAGCACAUGCUAAUCCCGAGUUCCAGGUGGAGAAAGGACGAGAUGGAGUGGGUGCGAAAGCUGGCCCACUGCUUUUUUGCUGAUGACAUCUCGGAGGAUGACCCGUUCCUGCUCUACGCCACCCUGAACUCAGGCAAUCACUGCAAGUUCAUCACCAAAGACCUGAUGCGGGACCACAAGGCCUGCCUGUCUGAUGUGCACGCCCAGCACCUUUUCUUUAAGUGGCAGCAGGGACAUCAGUUGGCAAUCAGGAUCAAUUUUCAAAAAUCAAAGCUAACUUUCCAGCACACUCUCAGCUACGACACGGUGGUGCAGACAACUGGAGACUCCUGGCACAUACCUUACGAUGAAGACCUGGUGCAAAGAUCCUCCUACGAAGUGCCAACCAAGUGGCUUUGCCUCCAGCGAAAGACACAGGCACCGGCCGGGUCCUGAAUUUGCCCUGGACACCUCCUGGCUGGUAGCAGAGCUCACAUCUAUGCUAUUUCCAGGCAUGACCUCUGUCCUGAAAAUAAAAAGAUUUUAGGA